AUGGACUUGCUAAAGAACGCACAAAAAGAAAGUAUGGUUGCAGAUGGCUUGCAGUUUCUGCAGGGUACAUCAGGAGGAAAACCUGUAAGUUAGUGUACUGUCAUUAAAUGUCAUGAAAUGAUUUAGUCUACUUCAUAUAUACCUUUAUCCUGGGUGUUAGUGUUUGUUUUUUUGUUGUUUUUUUUCGCACAUUGAAGACCCUACAUUCACAGAGUGUCGAAGUUGUAUUAUACUAUUGUCAUUUUCUAAUGGGGUUUCUGAAUCAUCACAAGAAUUUUCAAUACCUCAAGGAGCCUUAUAAGCAUUAAUUUUUGUAAUUUCACUUAGAUUUAGAAACCUACAUAGAAAACUAUGACUAAUACAUAUGAAACAUUUAACACAAAAAUAAAAUACGAAAUGUACUGUUCUAGUCGACCUUACACUACAGUGUACAGUAGACCUUAGUUUAAUUGACAUCUACAUGUACAUCUAUAAAGUGCACUUUCAUAAUUAUUUGUUUUCUUACAUUUUCUUAGGUAAAUGGGAUGAAAGGUGUUUGCCAGUUUGCAAGCCUUAAACACUAUGAUAUCAGUAAAGGUGUUUGCCUGGAUUACAUGCAUGGGGUCCUGCUGGGAGUUACACGACAAUUGAUGGCCCUGUGGUUUGAUUCAAAACACAAGGACCAACCUUGGUACUGUGGUGAUCGUGUCAGUAUUAUUGAUGAGCGUCUUUGUAGUAUCCAUCCACCCAUGAAUAUCACAAGAACACCCAGACCUAUUGAAACUCAUCGCAAGUAUUUUAAAGGUAUAAUAUCCAUUAAGUCUACAUAUGUGAUAGAUGAGCAUACAGUCGUGUACUGUUUAAAGUAGGCAUGUUUUCUUGUAAUACAUAUACCCUAUGGUUCUUUUUUUUUUUUUCACAGCAACCGAAUACCGAAAUUGGCUGUUUUACUACAGCGUUCCUUGCCUGGUUGGUGUUCUUCCCGAUGUUUAUCUUCACCACUUCAUGCUUCUUGCAUUUAGUGUGUGGCUGGUGAAUCAGCAGACUAUUUCACCAGAAGAAGUCAAUCAGAGUGGAAACCUUCUGGCAAAAUUUGUGAUGCUGAUGGAUGCCCUCUAUUGUGAGUAUUUAACUGCUUCAUUUGGGCCUCCAUGCAUUAACUUUUGUUGAGAUCAAUGUAUUUGUCAAUUAAUAGUUAAUUAUUUUGACACCAUGGUGGCUUUUACAGCUAGUGAAAUGGGGUGUUUGCAUUUUUUUUUUUUUCAGCUGAGCGUCAUAUGACCAUCAAUAUCCAUAAUUUGCUUCACAUACAUGCAUCAGUUCACAAUCUUGGACCACUGUGGGCAAAUUCAACUUUUGACUUUGAGGAUGCAAAUGGGGAGUUAACUGCGCUUUUCCAUGGCACCCAGAACAUAGAUAUGCAGGUGAUCAAAAUAGCAAGAAUCAAUAAUACUGUGCUCAUAAAAUAUAUAUUUGAAAGGUAUCUAAAAGCAAGUCUAAUAAUUAAUUUACUCAUUGAUCAAUAAGAUGUAUGGAAGGAUUCUUUUGAUCUUUUGUAGAUAGCAUCCUCAGUCUCUGCAGUCAAAAUUGCUCCAGACCUUGCGCGGAAAUUGGACAAAGACUCUCCUAGUUACAGUUUGUACAGAAGGAUGAAAUUUGGAAAAGAACAGAAGUAUGUAUGGCAGUAGUAUGUUUCAAAUACUAUAUUGAUUUAGCUUUAAAAUCAAUAACAGUGACGUGUUCAUAGUCCAUAAGACUCAAAAGUAACAUGAUUCUAACCCUGUUAAUACCUUAGUUUAGUUCGUUCUUAUUGGUCGAUAUACAUUAAGCCAUUGGUAAAAAAAAAAAUUGAUAUUUUUUUUAUGCAUUUAAGGUCAACAAAGCUUGAGGAUGGAGUGCAUUUACUUGGUGCUUUUACUGACUUUGAGGUCCCAGAAACUAUAGAGCAGCAUAUCAAGGAUUUCACUGGAGAUUUGGCUCUGGGAAGAUGCCAGAGUUUUAAGAGGGCAAUCAUUCGUGGUGAAGUAUUUCACUCUAAAUCAUAUGGCCGUGUUUCCAGAAGAAACAGUUACACUGUAACCUAUGAAGACAGUCAGAAGAGGAGGGAAUGUGGUCAAAUACAGUAUUUUGUGAAACAUACACCCAUUUGCCAACGUGCUUGUAUUGCCUUAUGCCAGUGCAACAAAGAUCAACACUUUGCCAUUGUUGUGCACAUGGAACCAUUAAGAGAUUCUAACCUUCUGGAAAAAGCUGGAAUUGAAGGAAUCCAGAAGCAGCUUCAGAUCAUGCAGAAGCCAAGGUACACAAACAUG